GUCGUAGAGACAUGGCCAAGCCAGCCGCGAUCUACAAGACAGCAUUUGAAGCAGCGCGGAUGGCCAUCUUUGCCUCUUCUUCAAUAUUAUGGAUGACCUUCGGUCGAGAGUAGCAAGCUGGUUAAGAGUACCAAGCUUAUCGAGCGUAUCGAGCUUGUCGAGCCUGCCGACACAAUCAGCGUCCACCUCAACCUCAACCACGUCCAUCGCCGCGGUUCCUCGCGAGAACACACCCUUCAGCCAUUUGGCCAUCCUUCGCGGUAUACACAGCACCUUGAUCGAGAAGUCUCAUCUGCAACAACCAGAUGUCCCUUCCUCAAUCCUCGAGGAUUUCGGUCAAAGGAUAGUCGAACGUGUCCGAGACGAGAUAACCACAGUCUUAUCGCCAAAUGGUUUCGAUCCCAGAACAGACUGGGAUCGGCGCGUUCUUGGACCAACAAUCGCCACGUUCGAUAUCAAGGAGGACCUCGGAGUGUGCCGAGGGGAUGCAGAGUAUAUGUUCCUGCUGGUUACUGUGCUCUCUUUAGCGUUCGAGCUCUUGCUCUUGGUAGAGCAGAGCAAGGCAGAGCAGAGCAAGGCAAGGAAGACGCAUGCUUUUCUUGAGCAAGUGUUCGACGAGUGCUUCGUGGAGCCAGAAGUCUGCCGUAUAGUUGGACUCUUACUCGACGCCGAGCAGAUGCGGCUAGCCCGAAUGAACGCCGAAAUCAAAGUAACGAAAGCAAUCCGGGAUAUGCAGAUGCUGCUACCUGAUAUUCCCAUGUGCACCACAGCGUGGAAUGCAAGUAUGUUCUCUGGCCUGCGAACGAGCGAUAUUGCCAGUCAUAUUCGGCGAAGAGUGUGCAUACGUGAUGUGCUGAAGCCAGAGUCACGCAUCUCUAGGUGGAGCGAAGAGGCAGCCACUACGUUCUUCCAAGAAGCUGGGACAUUCGCAUCAGUGCGCUAUGCUGCCGAGACCGCUCCUGAUGUGCAGGUCAAGGUCUUUCUAGAACGAGGUUGUUCUUUGCCACUCUACUUCGUAACCUGCAUCGGCUUCCGUGGGGAUCGCGCGAUAAUACACACGUUCGAGGGUCUGAGUAUGGAGCUCGAGGAAGACUGUUCGAUCUCUUCAAUUACUGGAGUCUGUGAUGGGAUGCGCAUCACAAAAUGGGAGGGUUCCAGGGAUGGCUUCAUUGGUACGAUAUCCAUUCCUCCAGGGCGCUCAUAUCGUGCGGACAAUGUGGACAUCGUAGGAGAGGGAAUAGGCGAUACGCUCCUGACAAUCAUUGGGGCACAGACUACCACAUUCGAAAUAGAUGGGGAAAACUAUCGUAUCAAGCCAGUCAAUUUCGGCAGUAGUAUCGUGGUGGAGCAUCGUUGUCAAUAAUGGGCGCUGUUCGCAUGCGUAUCAAGACACUUGACACGUUCAUGUUCGGGCGUUCGCAGCGGAGGAGGGGAGUAGAAUCCAACUUCGCGUAUACAACUACUAGAUAUCGUAGCUGAUGGCUAGCAUUGUUGAAAUUGCCGUGCGAAAUGGUGAUGAAUGUG